GCGCACGUAGCGCAUGGCGCGGCCGCGAAGGGCGGCGCGACCUUCAGGGCGUGACGUCACCGUGACGUAAUGCAUGCUCGGUAAUGCGUAACGCGUCGCGGCCGCUCGUCCGCGGCUACAGGCGCGCUCUGGACGGUUCCACAGGAGCGCGGCCCCGGCACGGGGGUGUCUGACAGGCUGCUGCCGGCGGCUGCCCCCGCGCCCGGCAGGUCUCCCAUCCCAGCCCCGUCACCGCCCUCCGCCCGCCCCGCUGGGAGGUGGCUUGCCCUUAGGGCUGCCCUCACUCAAGAUGGCGGCAGGCGCCGGAAGCGGAAGGGGCGGGAGGAGAGCGGGCGCACGUGGAACCGGGCCCAGCAUGGCGCGGAGCGGGCGGCUCCGCUCGGGGGCCGCGGCCAAGCUUAAGCGGUGGCGGAAGGGCCACAGCAGCGACUGCAACCCCGAGACCCGCCAGCACCGCUUGGCCGCCCGGAGCCGCUUCUGCAGCCGGCCCGCAGAGAAAAGCAACUUGACGGUGGAUGCGGUGAAGCUGCACAAUGAGCUGCAGUCGGGGUCCCUGCGCCUGGGGCGGGCAAGCGACAGCGCUCAGCUCCACAUGGAGGGGGAUGACACUGUGGAGGUGGCCACGGAAAAGUCCUCUGGCACCUUCCUGAGUGGGCUGAGCGACUGUACCAACGUCACCUUCAGCAAGGUGCAGCGCUUCUGGGAGUCCAACUCCGCUGCUCACAAAGAGAUCUGCGCCGUGCUGGCGGCUGUGACGGAGGUGAUCCGCUCCCGCGGGGGCAAGGAGAGCGAGACCGAGUACUUUGCUGCACUGAUGACCACACUGGAGGCAGUGGAGUCCCCUGAGUCACUGUCUGCUGUCGCCUACCUGCUUAACCUUGUCCUAAAGCGGGUCCCAAGCCCUGUUCUUAUUAAAAAGUUCUCAGACGCCUCAAAAGCCUUCAUGAGUAUCGUGUCCUCCCAGGCCUGCAGCAGUUCCACCUCUGCCCUACGUUGGGUUCUCUCUUGCCUGGCCACGCUGCUGCGGAAGCAGGACCUGGCAGCCUGGAGCUACCCUGUCACCCUCCAGGUCUAUCAUGGCUUGCUGAGUUUCUGUGUCCAUACUAAGCCUAAGGUGCGGAAAGCAGCACAGUACGGCGUGUGCUCUGUCCUGAGGGGCAGUGAGUUCAUGUUUGGCGAUGCAGCCCCUGAGAGUCACCCCGCGGCACCCUCCACUGCCAAGUUCUGUGUGCAGGAGAUUGAAAAAGCUGGAGGUGCCAAGGAGGCCACCACUACCCUGCAUGUCCUUGCCCUGUUGCGGGACGUACUGCCCUGCUUCCCUGCGGCCAUGGUGAAGACCUGCUGCGAGACCUUGCUCCGUGUCAUGACCCUCAGCCACGUGCUGGUGACAGCGUGUGCCAUGCAAGCCUUCCACAGCCUGUUCAGCGCCCAGGCCAGCGUGGCCUGCCUGCCGGCCGAGCUCAACGCCCAGAUCAUCACUGCCCUCUAUGACUACGUGCCCAGCACGAGUGACCUGCAGCCGCUGCUGACCUGGCUGUCCACCAUGGAGCGGGCACACAUCAACCUGGGCAGGCUGCAGAAGGACUUGUGCUGGGCUCACCUGCCCCGGCUCUUCUCUGCUGCCAUGAACUGCUUCCUCUCCUCACACUCCCAGGUGGUGUCGGCAGCGGCGCAGACCCUGGAGACCCUCCUGAGUGAGUGCAUUGCUCCCCACAUGGAGGACCUGGGCACUGUCUCUGCAUCUGCCCCAGCCCCUGCUGCCUACUUGUGCAAGAUGUUCAAAUCAGUGGAGGAAGGGCUGACAUACCGUUUCCAUGCUGCGUGGGAUGAGGUGCUACGGGUGCUGGAGGUCUUCUUCGAGACAUGUGGGAAGCAGUGCCAUCCCAUCAUGAGAAAGUGUCUCCGGUCGCUGUGUGACCUGCGUCUCUCCCCACACUUUCCCUACACCGCUGAAGUGGACCAGGCAGUGGGGGCUGCGGUGAGCACCAUGGGCCCCGAGGUGCUGCUGGAAGUUGUGCCCCUGGAGAUUGACGGCAAGGAGGAGACACUGGAUUUCCCCCGCAGCUGGCUCCUGCCGGUGCUGCGGGACUAUGUGCAGGGAACGCGGCUCGGCUUCUUCACCAGCUACUUCUUGCCCUUGGCAGCCGCCCUGAAAAACAGAGCCCAGGAGUUUACACAGGCUGGGAAGAGUGUGGAGGCCAAGCUCUACGACACGCUGCAGUGGCAGGUCUGGACUCUGCUGCCUGGCUUCUGCACCCACCCCACAGAUGUGCUGGGGGCCUUCAAGGGGCUGGCCCGCACCCUGGGCAUGGCCAUCAGUGAGCGCCCAGACCUCCGCCCCACCGUGUGCCAGGCCUUGCGCACCCUCAUCCACAAAGGCUGCGAGACAGAUGCGGAGCAGGCAGAAGUGGGUCGCUUUGCCAAAAAUUUCCUGCCCAUCCUGUUCAACGUGUACAGCCAGCCUGAGGAGGAUGGGGGCAGCAGUGCUCAGCGCCGCUCCGUGCUGGACACUGUCCGUGCUUACCUGACCAUCACCGACCCCCAGUUGGUGUGUGGGUUCCUGGAGAAAGCCAGUGCGAAGCUGACCAGUCCUGAGAGCUCCGAGUUUGCCAGACUCUCCAUCCUGGAUCUGGUAGUGGCAAUGGCACCCUACGCUGAUGAGCAGUCCCUGGACAACCUGUACCGCACCAUCCAGCCUUCCCUCCAGAGCAAAGAGCGCAGCGUGCAGAAGAAGGCAUACCGUGUGCUGGAGGAGGUGUGCGCCGCUCCCCACGCUCCCUGCCAGGCCUUUGUCCGCUCCCAUCUGCAGGACCUGCAGACAGCGCUGCUGGACUCGCUCAAGAGCGCAGCAUCCCCAGCCAAGAGGCCUCGGCUGAAAUGCCUGUUACACAUCGUGAAGCAGCUUUCUGCAGAGCACGAGCCUUUCGUCACUGCCCUGGUCCCAGAGGUCAUCCUGUGCACCAAGGAGGUCUCAGUGGGGGCCCGCAAGAAUGCCUUCAUGCUGCUUGUGGAGAUGGGGCAUGCCUUCAUCCGCUUUGGGCCCAACCCUGAAGAGGCCAUGCAGCGGUUCCUGCUCCUGAUCUAUGUGGGGCUCACUGGCUCAGUCACCAUGAUCAGCUGCACCGUGCUGGCAUUGACCCGCCUGUUCUUUGAGUUCAAAGAUCACCUGGAAUUCAGUGUGGUGGAGCAGCUCCUGCAGAACAUCUGCUUGCUGUUGGCCUCCCGCACACGGGAUGUGGUGAAGGCGGCCCUGGGCUUCCUCAAGGUCACACUACUGCUGGUGGACACCAAGCUGCUGGCCAAGCAUGUGCAGGCAAUGCUGGAGGCCGUGGGGAACCUUUCAGAUGACAUGAGACGCCACUUUCGUAUGAAGCUGCGAAACCUCUUCAUCAAGUUCAUCCGCAAGUUCGGCUUCGAGCUGGUGAAGGGGCUGCUGCCACCUGAGUACCAUAAGGUGCUGGUGAACAUCCGCAAGGCAGAAGCCCGGAACCGCAAGCAGCGCACCCUGAAGCGGGCGGCUGCAGAGACGGAUGAGGAGGAGGCACCACCAGCACAGCCCAGAGGAGACAGCAUGGAGGAGAUCCUGGCUGACUCGGAGGAUGAGGAGGAGGAAGAGGAGGAACGGCAUCGGAGUAAGGAGUGGAGAAAGCAAGCACGGCAAAAGGGCCAGGCCUGGCUGAAGGAAGGGGAAGAGGAUGAGCCCCUCAACUUCCUGGACCCCAAUGUGUCCCAGCGAGUGCUGGCCACCAAGCCAGGCCCCAAGCGGUCCAGAGGAGUGAGCCACGACUUCCAGAUGUCUGAGGACGGACGCCUGAUCAUCCAUGAAGAGGAGGAGGAGAUGGAUGAUGAUGAAGCCAAAGGAGCAGACGAGGAGAUGGCAGAUGUGCUGCAAGAUGUGGGUCUCCGCAGUAAGAAAAACCAGAAGCGUCGGUUCAGAGAGGAGCCAGAUGAUGAGGAAGCCGAGGCUGGAACCUACUCUCAGUACAGAGCUGGAGGCUCUGGGAUCCACCGUCCACUGAAAAAGGAGCCAGCCUUCGGUGCAGAGUACAGAUCCAAGAAAGGUAAAGGCGACGUGAAGAAGAAGGGCCAGCUCGACCCCUAUGCCUACAUCCCCCUGAACAGAGCUAAACUCAACAGAAGGAAGCGGGCAAAAAUGCAGGGCCAGUUCAAGGGCCUUAUGAAGGGAGCUCAGCGUGGGGCCAAAGCCGGCCGCAGGAACCGUGUGAAGUCCCAGCGCUCCUGAAGAGCCUCAGUUGCCUGACCUGCCCCUACCCAAGGACAGACAACACUCUGUGGCCUCUGGAGGAUGGGGGAUUCAUGCGUGGAGCAGCCAGGACUCCUCUGCAGAAGGUGACCUGCGUUUGUUUAAGACUCCCUGGGAGGCCACUCCAGCAUAUUAUGGACUGAUGACCCAAGCCAUGCUUUCCUGUGCCUGGAGGAAGUGCUGGUUUGCCUGGUGCAGAUAUAGGGGGGUGUGUGAGAGCAAGUAAUGUGUAAAGAAUUAUCUAUAUUGAUAAAUACCCACUGUUCCUAC